AACAAACCUGUUAUGGCUUUUGGACUCAUAACAAUUACCCUGUGUGUGGCCUACAUUGGUUAUUUACAUGCAACACAGGAGAAUAAAAAGGACCUCUAUGAAGCUGUUGACAGUGAAGGAGCCAGGUAUAUGAGGAGGAAGACUUCCAAGUGGGAUUAAAGAAGCUGCUUAAUAACAGAGAAGGAAAGAGGAGUAAUUGGCAAUGUAGGCAUCUGAAUUGUUAAUGUUAAAUUAGGUGUCUGCUAACCUUUCUAUGCAAUUCCUGGAAUGAUGUUUGUAAAAUUUAAUCCAAUUUCUAUUCCAUUUUACAAUGCCAUGCCUGUACUUAUAAACUUUACAGAAGACAUACAAAGUAAUAAAGUGUUAAGAACAGU